CACCACUUCAACUCACCACCACUCACGAUGUCUCGACUCGGGGAUCCUGAUGAUAUCAAGGAUACAAACCUCCAAACCUCCGAGCUACCUGCUCGUGCAGAAGACGUCAACGACCGACCCCAAUCUGGUUUCAUGAAACUGUCGCAUGACCUAAUUCUCACUCUCGCUGAUGUGUGCGAAACGAAAGAUCGUAAUAUGCUUCGCGCAGUCCACACAAAAUUCAAAACUGCACUAGACCGCGCAUUCUACCGCGAUGCUCCCACGACGCUACAUGUUGUCAUCCAUCCAGAGAGCAUGGACAGACUCAAGUACGCCUACAAAUUCCCCCAGCUGGCCGAGAGAAUCACUUGUGUACAGCUCUCCACCUUUCUGGUACAAGGCGACCCUUGGGAUGCCGGUACACUAGCCUCUUUCGAUGAGAUUCAGUAUGACCAGCUGUGUCACUAUGAACAAACAGCGAUGAUACCUGGCCCGUCUGACAUGGCGCCCUAUUGCAGAGAUUUUAUCUGCGGUACCUGGUCCUUGCCAAACUUGAAGCGAAUUGUAUUUGCAAACACUGCAACCGAGUUCCCUUACCAAAUGACGGUUGCGCCGCUUGCAGCCAUAUCCGGACGACAAAAAAUUAUCGAGAUCGCUGGAUAUGAUAUCCUGGAAGACGAUUCAAUUGAACAUGAGCCCAAUGAGUUGUUGUUGCGCCAUAACAUCAUGAUUCAUUUGUUCCCGCGUCUUUCUAGUACGCUUCAAGCCCGACACCUUGCACUAGAUAUCAAAUACCUCGCCACGAUUGACAACUUUAAGUUCCGCGACUUUCAUGGUGCUGCAGGUAUGAAACAACACCAUUCCGACUUCGCGCAGGCAUGGCGUUCCAUUGCACGACAUAUCCAAAAUCUGGCGAUUAGUUGUGGACCAGAUCCUACUUAUGGACCAUACCAAAGCUACAUGAGUAAGGACGAAUUCGGAUUUUCUGUCAAAAUGUUGGAACUCACGUGUCGGCGAGCGGAAAAUAACGAUCCUUCGGAUGUGCUCUUCUGGCCAAAGUCGCGACUACCAUUGAUCAGGCAAAGCCUUCGUAUAAUCAGCUUGUUUGAGUGCGAUAUAUAUGCAAAAGAACUGGCUGAAUUCCUGGAAAAUAACCCCAGCUGUACAGAGAUUAGUAUUCACGAAGUCGAUGUGUAUCCAAAGACCUCUUUUCAACGUCGAAUUGGUUGGCAAGAGUCCUUCAUAGUCAUGAAGGAAAUGCACGAUCUCAGGUCUUUGAGUUUGCGCCACAUUGACUACGUCCCAUAUGAUAUACGCCAGGUGCUAAAUCCGAGUCCGCCUUAUGUUUUCCUUGGCCGAGACAAGAUCCUACAAGGUCUUUCCUAUCUCAUCGACCACGAUAACCUGACCACGCCCAAUCUUUCCCGAGCUUGGGAACUUGUCGAACAUGACUCUUCGGUCGCCUAA